UUGACCACGGUUAUCAUGAAGAUUAUAGAUUACUAUGUUCUAGAUUGCGAAUGAAUCAAGUCUUGUUUUAAAUUUUAAACUUUUUUAAGUUAUAAUUAAGUUAUAAUUAAAAAAUCAUGAAUAAAAAAUCUUCCAAAAGUAAAAAUUUUAGUUUCGCUGAAGAAGAGGAACUGAUGAAUUUAGUUUCAAAAUACUGGGCAGUUGUUCAGUGCAAGACCACCAAUCAUGUGAAUAAUAUGAAAAAGAAAGAAUACUGGUCAAAAAUUGAAUCUGAGUUAAAUGCAGUCAUUCCAAAUCAAUUUAGACCAGCGAGUGUGUUGAAAUGUAAAAUUGAAAAUAUUUGUAGACGAGCUCAGAAAAAAAAAGUGGAAAAUGGAAAACAGCUAUCUAGUACUGGUGGUGGAAAAGCUGUUCUUGCAGAAUAUGUUUCUGCUGAUGAACGAGUUUUGGCUCUUUUGGGUAAAAGAGCUUCAGGGUUGAUUUCCAACUGGUGUGACGAUCAAGUGGUAGUUUCAAACACUGUUCAAAGUAGAAUAGAUGAAGUAGAUGAUGAAUAUGAAGUAGAAGAAGUGUGUUACGAUGAUGAUUUGUUACUAGAAAACACAUUCCAAGAGCCAACUUUUGAUAAUAUUUAUCAAAAUGAGUCCACUCUACCAGAAACAUCUUGGGCAAAAUAUACCCCUGGUAUGCUAAGGCAGCCAAAAUCCACUCCAUUAUCUUUUACAAGAAAACUUAAAGAAAACAAUGUUGAAGUUUCUGAAUCAGGCCAAACAAAGAGAAAGAAGGGGUUUCAAGACAAGAUAACAAAAUGGGCACAAGAAAAAGCUUUACUAACUGAGCAGGAAUCAAACUUACAAAGGGAGGAAGCAGAAUUUAAAAGAGAAGUAUGGAGGGUGAAAAUAGAUCGAGAAAAGGAAUUAUUAAAAGAAGUAAAGGAUAGGAUAAGGUUUCAAGCUGAAAAACAUGCAGCAGAAAUGGAACUGCUUAAAACAAAAAUAAACAAUAAAUAA